AUGUGCACUCAAGACCUACCAUUGUUCGAUUUGGAGAACAACAAUACCAUUUUCUUCUUUGAUCAGUUGGUCGCUUUCAGUCGAGUCUACACAGUCCUUCACCGGCACCUAUGUCUUUUCGUGUGUUUUGUUGGCGUCCUCCUCAAUAGUCUACACUUUUAUGUCUUGACAAGGAAAGCAAUGCGAGUGUACAUAAUCAAUGCAUUACUGUGUGCUAUGUCAAUAUGUGAUAUUAUCACAAUGACUUCCUAUUUCAUCUACAUUCUCCGGUUUCGAAUUUUUGAUUCUCCAGCAACUACAAUAGGAUAUUCGUAUCCCUGGCUGAUAUUUCUGAUCACCCACGUCACCUCAUCAAUUGCUCUUCAUACAACAGCUCUUUAUUUGUCUGUAAUUAUGGCCUACAUCAGAUGGACCGCUUUAGACCGUCUGGAUGCCAAAUGGAUUAAUCAUGGAGCACUAAAGCAGAUUUUGAUUUUUACGGCACUAAUUGUGUCUAUUAUCUCUAUUCCGACAGUGAUGGUUCAUAAAAUUGUGCCCGUGAAGGAUGUGAUAGGAAUUAAUGAAACAGAAGCAAUCGGUGGAGAAUUGAAGCUCGAAGGACUCUACACUGUUCAACUGGAUGAGACAUCAAUCAAUGGGUGUGCGCUGUUUAGAGUCAAUUUAUGGAUCACUGGAGUUAUGUUCAAGAGGGAGAAGGAGGAAUUCCAACUUCUGGCGACAUCAGCCACGCCCACAAAUACCACUAGGGAUGAAUCAUCACCAAGAAUCCGAAAAGUGUCGCAAUGCCGAAACGUGUCAAUCGACCGUACCACAUUAAUGCUAAUCAUAAUGCUUGUCGUUUUCCUAUGCACCGAAAUGCCACAAGGUUUGCUAGCUAUCCUAUCAGCUAUCUACCCUACACAUGUACAUACCAUGAUUUACGUUAAUGUUGGAGAGGUUCUCGAUCUGAUGUCUCUUAUCAACUGUCUGACCUCAUUCAUCGUCUACUGCGUAAUGAGCACCACCUAUCGAGCAACCGUAAAAUCCGUUUUGUGCCGCCCGGGAAAUCGACGGGCCGCUUUCAAAAACACACAUCUUCUGCUCAAUUCCUAUAGAAUACAGGUUUCUUAG